AUGAAGCUUCCAUUUCUCUUCAAAUCCUCCGAAACAACCACCACCACCACCGCCGUGUCCUCCUCCGCCACUUCAUGGCGGUGGCCGGCCUGUGCCGCCCACCCCCGAACGCUCUCCUUCCGCGCCGAAUCCCCCACAGGCCGGAAAAGCCUCGACGUCGCCGGAACAUUUCCCGACCACAAUGACGACGAAGCUUCUUCGCCGGAACUGCAAACCGCCACAAAACUGUUGACGUCGUCCGAGAGGUUCUUUUUCAAGCCCGGGAGCUCGAAUUCCAUUCUCGAAGAAGCGAAAACGACGGGCCCACCGCCUCGAAAAAGUGCGGUAAUUUUGGUUAUGUUGGACUCCCACGACCCGGUUCGGGAUUUCCGAGCGUCGAUGGAGGAUAUGGUGGCCGCGCGCGGAGGUUGCGAUUGGGAGUAUCUCGAGAAUCUUCUCGAGUGCUACUUAAGGGAAAACGGCGAACGAAACCACGGAUACAUAAUCGGAGCGUUCGUCGAUUUGGUUUUCCGGCUCGACUCGGGAUCGGAACAUUCCUCCGCAGCUGUGGACGGGGAAGCUCGGCGCUCCUUCGCUUCAUCGACUCUUUCAUUUUCGUCGUCGUCAGCUUGCUCAUCGUCGUCUGCAAGCGCAUGUAAUUUACCUAAAAAUGGAGGGUGUUGUGAGGCGGCAUUUGACGGCGGCGCGCCGCUGCCGCCGGCGGGAGUUUGA